AACCACCCAGAGUCUGGUCCAGUCCGGUACCUGAACAUUGGAAUAAAUAUCGAGAUUUCAGUCCUCUUCUAGUAAUCUAGUAUAUUCGAUGACAGAAAUCGUUGAAGUGACACUUCUAAAAUAACUGAACGUAACGUAUAGAGGAAAUGUACUCUGAAAGGGAGAAAAAAGUAUUCGGUUCUGACUGAAAAAUUAAUUGCCAUAUUCAACGUCAUAUAACUCCCGACUAACUUUGAACGAUAAAUGUCUUCUCACUAUGAAAAAAUCAGAAGUCACAUAGCAAUUUUAUUCCGCAACUCAAUCAACCUAUAUCGAAUUUUAUCGUGACAGUGGUACCCUUCAUUGUUUUCAAUAAGAAUUUAGAUUAUUGCAGAUCCAGAUUUCGAUUGAACAUCGCUUUCCGGUUUCUUGCUUUAUUGGCAUCGUCUGGUUCAAGCUUAAAACUUUCUGUAAGACCACUUGCACUGCUCCUUCUAUAGUUCUGCUGAAUUCUCAGAAAUGCUGUUGACCUGCUUAAUGAAUAUGAUGUUCUGCUGAAGAACUAGCUCUGAAGGUGCGCUGGAUCUGUAGGUAGUGCUGACGGCUUGUGGUCAGGUACCAAGUAUCUUUAUGAUGUUUUCGUCAGGUCUUGGCUGUAACCUAUCAUUUCCUAGCUGCCUGGGCUAUCCACAGGAUAGCGAGGAGCUAAUUCCCAAGAUGGCUCGUGAGCCAAUCAUCUUGAAUGUCUACGACAUGUAUCGGAUAAACGACUAUACUGGUCCAAUUGGUCUUGGGGUUUUUCAUUCUGGAGUUGAAAUCUAUGGGUCAGAAUAUGCGUAUGGUGGCCAUUCCCGUUCCAUCUCUGGCAUCUUUAAAAUCACUCCCCGGGUUGCUGACGACCUUGGGGAACAAUUUAGAUUUAGACAAUCUGUACACAUCGGCUACACUGAUUUCACGGAAGACGACGUAUGUCGGAUCGUAGCCGAAUUAGGAAAAGAUUUUCGUGGUGAUCGUUAUCACCUGAUGAAUAAAAAUUGUAAUCACUUCAGCAGUCAGUUCACACAUAUAUUAUGUGGACAAGAAAUUCCAGGGUGGGUUAACCGUCUAGCAUAUUUUAGUUCGUGGGUUCCAUUUCUUCAACGAUGCCUACCUAAAAAUUGGUUGACCCCAGUUGCUCUUCAACAUUCCCUUAGCCACGAGAGUGAUCGUGAGAGUACGCCACCAUCUGAUACCUCCUUAUAACAUUUGGCAAGGGGCGCCGUCGUCCUUGCUAAUGAGGAUGAUGAAGAUGAAGACGAGAAUGGAGACGACGGCGUACUCUGGAGGUGUCGUAGGAGUCAUACGUUCUAGACAUUUCUAUUACAGCAGCAGUAACAACAACAUAUGAAUGAAGUUUGUUAUACAAACAUCUAGUAUGUAUUACCUUCAGCAUCGUUCCUGGAGGGUAUUAUUGCAGAAAUGCUACAUGCUACUGGUUUUUAAGAGGUACAAAAAAAAUUGCGUUUCAUUCUAAUGCAAGUACGAUUAACGAUAUUACCGGUUUGGAAUUGCCUUUAACGUAGCCACCUCGAGCAAAACAUUUAUAUGCAGGGCAUUUCUUAAUAUAAAAUUGCCAUGUGUUGCUGUUAUUUCGUGUCAUUUUUUUUUUGAAUAAGCUGCUGGAAAUCGUGCAGUUGAUUUUGAGGAUGUAAUAAUAAUAAUUCAAAUGUUAAUAACAUAUACGCGAGGCAACGAGAAAGGAAAAUUGUUUUAAUCUUAAAUUAUAGUGAAAAAAAGAAUAGCGAGGGAAAAUACGAAAAGAACUUUGAAUGUAAAUUUUCAAAAUACAUAUAGAAAUAGUUAAAUUUAUUCCCAAGUUCCAUCUUAUGUGAAUAACAAUACUAUUUGAUCGAGAUUUUUUUUUUAAAUAAUCCACGUAGAUUGUUCCAUGACGCGAUAUGACGAUUUAGGCUAUUUUUCGCCGUCGUGAUAAAAUUGUAGAUUGCCGUGUAUAACGUUGCAAGCGUUUCGCCGUUUUGAGAAUGAGGUGAUUUCGAUAAUUAAGAAAAAAAUAUUAAUUACAAACGCGAGCAAAGUAGCUAAACGAAUAUAGAAAAAAUUAUAUGAACGUCCACUUGUCCCUAACUUAUGAUUAAAACUUGAGUUAUAUUUCUUAGGACAUAUUCUGUGAUAGAUAUAUAAAUAAUAUUAUAUACAUAUGGUAUAUAUCGAUGAGAUCCUAACAUAUGAUCGGUCUACAUAACGUGCACGUUCUAUAUGCUUUUCGUAGACGUAUGUUCGAGCAUGAGUUCGUUGUAAUGAUUCACGUGAAUAUAAUUAAUUCAUUUUUA